GUGUGGCCAUCCGGGUGUGUGCUGGGUGUCGCGCUGGGUGGCGUGUCCGGCCGUGCGUGUGUGUCCCCGCGAGCGCUGGCCCUCCGGCGGCGUGUCGGGGGGCUGCCUUGCGCCCAUCGGAGGGGCCGUGUGCAGGUACUGGCCCAGGCCCUGACUUGCUGAAGAGAGAUGAAGAAACCGAGAUUCAGAAAGGUUCAGACACUUGCCCGAGGUCAUACAGCUAGUCUCACCUCCCGCACCUCCCGCUUUUUCAUUGCGCCAUGGCUCCAGGUCCCUUUUCCUCGGCGCUCCUCUCGCCGCCACCUGCUGCCCUGUCCUUUCUGCUGCUGCUCUGGGCGGGGGCAUCUCGAGGCCAGCCCUGCCCUGGCCGCUGCAUCUGUCAGAACGUGGCGCCCACGCUGACCAUGCUGUGCGCCAAGACGGGCUUGCUCUUCGUGCCACCCGCCAUCGACCGUCGCGUGGUGGAGCUGCGGCUCACCGACAACUUCAUUGCCGCUGUCCGCCGCCGAGACUUUGCCAACAUGACCAGCCUGGUGCACCUCACCCUCUCCCGGAACACCAUCGGCCAGGUGGCGGCCGGCGCCUUUGCCGACCUCCGUGCCCUCCGCGCCCUGCACCUCGACAGCAAUCGCCUGGCGGAGGUGCGCGGCGACCAGCUGCGGGGCCUGGGCAACCUCCGCCACCUGAUCCUUGGCAACAACCAGAUCCGCAGGGUGGAGUCGGCUGCCUUCGACGCCUUCCUGUCCACGGUGGAGGACCUGGAUCUGUCCUACAACAACCUGGAGGCCUUGCCCUGGGAGGCGGUGGGCCAGAUGGUGAACCUGAACACCCUCACCCUGGACCACAAUCUCAUCGACCACAUCGCCGAGGGGACCUUUGUGCAGCUGCAUAAACUGGUGCGCCUGGACAUGACCUCUAAUCGCCUCCAUAAACUUCCCCCGGAUGGGCUCUUCCUAAGGUCCCAAGGCAGCGGUCCCAAGCCCCCCACGCCGCUGACUGUCAGCUUCGGCGGGAACCCGCUCCACUGCAACUGUGAGCUGCUCUGGCUGCGGCGGCUGACCCGGGAGGACGACCUGGAGACCUGCGCCACCCCCGAGCACCUCACUGACCGCUACUUCUGGUCCAUCCCAGAGGAGGAGUUUCUGUGUGAACCUCCGCUGAUCACACGGCAGGCUGGGGGCCGCGCCCUGGUGGUGGAGGGCCAGGCUGUCAGCUUGCGCUGCCGGGCUGUGGGGGACCCUGAGCCUGUGGUGCAUUGGGUGGCGCCAGAUGGGCGUCUGCUGGGGAACUCCAGCCGGACCCGGGUCCGUGGGGACGGGACGCUGGAUGUGACCAUCACCACUUUGAGGGACAGUGGCACCUUCACUUGCAUCGCUUCCAAUGCUGCGGGGGAAGCCACCGCGCCUGUGGAGGUGUGCGUGGUACCUCUGCCGCUCAUGGCGCCCCCGCCCGCUGCCCCGCCGCCUCUCACCGAGCCUGGCUCCUCUGACAUCGCCACGCCUGGCCGACCUGGUGCCAACGAUUCAGCUGCUGAGCGACGGCUUGUGGCAGCCGAACUCACCUCAAGCUCCGUGCUCAUCCGCUGGCCCGCCCAGAGGCCCGUGCCUGGCAUCCGCAUGUACCAGGUCCAGUACAACAGCUCCGUGGAUGACUCCCUCGUCUACAGGAUGAUCCCGUCCACCAGUCAGACCUUCUUGGUGAAUGAUCUGGCGGCAGGUCGCGCCUACGACUUGUGCGUGCUGGCAGUCUACGACGACGGGGCCACGGCUCUGCCAGCCACGAGAGUGGUGGGCUGCGUGCAGUUCACUACGGCUGGGGAUCCUGCACCUUGCCGCCCGCUGAGGGCCCAUUUCUUGGGCGGCACCAUGAUCAUCGCCAUCGGGGGUGUCAUCGUCGCCUCGGUCCUCGUUUUCAUCGUUCUGCUCAUGAUUCGCUACAAGGUGUAUGGUGAUGGGGAUGGCCGCCGGGUCAAGGGCACCUCCAGGUCGCCCCCACGGGUCAGCCACGUGUGCUCGCAGACCAACGGCGCAGGCGCGCAGCAGGCCCCACCGCCGCCUGCGCAGGACCGCUACGAGGCUCUGCGCGAGGUGGCCACCCCAGCCGUCGCCGUUGAGGCCAAGGUUUCCGCGGUGGAGGCGGCUUCUGCGGAGCCGGAGGCGGUCCUAGGACGCUCGCUGGGCGGCUCGGCCACCUCUCUGUGCCUGCUGCCCUCCGAGGAAACUUCUGGGGAGGAAUGUCGGGCCGCGGCAGGCCCUCGGAGGAGCCGUUCAGGGGCCCUGGGGCCGCCAGCUUCAGCGCCCCCGACUCUAGCUCUGGUUCCUGGGGGCGCCCCGGCUCGGCCGAGGCCACAGCAGCGUUAUUCCUUCGACGGGGACUACGGGGCGCUCUUUCAGAGCCACAGUUACCCGCGCCGCGCCCGGCGGACAAAGCGCCACCGGUCCACGCCGCACCUGGACGGGGCCGGAGGGGGCGCGGCCGGGGAGGAUGGAGACCUGGGGCUGGGCUCCGCCAGGGCGCGCCUGGCCUUUACCAGCACCGAGUGGAUGCUGGAGAGUACCGUGUGAGCGGCGGGCGGGCGCCGGGACGCCUGGGGCCGAGAACCAACGCCCAGCCGCCCGGACGCCGGGGCGGGACUCGGGGAGAACGCGCAGCGCCGGGCCGUCGGAGUGGAGGGGAGACCCGGCUUCUCCUCCGCCAGGGGCGGGGCGGCCUCCGACCGCGCUGGAGGCCACGCCCCCGCGCCAGGGGCUGGGGGCGGGCCCGGCCUCCCCUUCAGGCCCCGCCCCUCUGCCCCUCCCCCCGCGCGCUCGCGGACCUCGCUGGAGCCGGUGCCUUACACAGCGAAGCGCGGGGAGGGGCAGGCCCCCCCACACUGCAGCACUGAGACACGAGCCCCCUCCCCCAGCCCAGGACCCGGGGCAGGGGCGAGGGGCCCAUUUCUUGUAUCUGGCUGGACUAGAUCCUAUUCUGUCCCGCGGCGGCCUCCAAAGCCCCCCCACCCCACCCCACUUACUCCCUGGUCCCGUCGGGUCUGGCUUGGGGUCUUCCUUUCUCUCUCCGCUCGUCUGUCUCUGUCCUUCCUCUGUCGUCUCUGUCCUUCCCUACUUGUCUCUCCUUUCUCUGUCCCCGCGUCGUGUCUCUUCUUCCUCUGUCCUUGUUUUGUCCAGUCUCCCGACUCCCGAUUUCCUUUCCCCACCACCCAUUCUCCCGGGCAGGUCCCACUGGAAGGACCAGACUCUCCCCAGCCUCCCUUGUUCCCCCAGUAAAUCCCCACACGAACAAAAUUCAAAACCAAAUCCCCCUCCCUACCGGAGCCGGGACCCUCCGCCGCAGCAGAAUUAAACUUUUUUCUGUGUCUGAGGCC